AUGGAAGGUGCUAGUGGACAAGAUUAUACCCUCACCCCCUGUGUAACCUGCGGAAGCGCUUCGACCCGGAACGAAGGCAUGGUAUGCUGCAAUGGAUGCGAAGGCUGGUUCCACUUUCGAUGUGUCGGCGUUACCGAAUCCGUUAAGCGGCAGAAGAAGUGGUUCUGCCCUGCUGAACUGUGUCAACAGAUGUAUUCCAAACAUUUAAAGAAACAGGAAUCAGCAGCAGCAUCACGGAGAGCAGCAGCUGCUAAAAAGGUUGACGGAUCAGAGAAAUCCAGUGCUAGAUCCGAGCAUCAGUCUAGUUCCUCCGACGAAGGUAAGCGAAAGUCUCAGCGGGAAGAGCAGAAAGCUAGGAGUAAAAGGCAAGAAGAAGAUCGGAUACUAGAAAUGGAACGGCAGGACUAUGAAAUUGCAUUCAAAGCGCGGCAGUAUGCCAUCGAAGCAGAACUGAGAGAAAGGCAGACAGAACUCGAAAGGAAAAUGCUGGAGAAAGUUUUACUUGACAAAAAGUCGGUUGUGGAACGGUUGAAACAAAUGCGCAGUUCAUUCCAAGAGCAAAUGAAUGCUGUUGACGAGGAACUAGCACAGCUAACCAUGGAAAUCAAGCAAACUACAUCAACAAAUCAACAAAGCAAGAAAACAUCAACGCCAUUGUCAAAAAACAACAGUCCUUCGUCGAUGAAAUCAAUAGUUCAAAACCGUAGGAAAACUCCUUCGAAAGAACCGGCCACGGCUUCACGUAUCAGUAGCAGUUCGGAAAGUUCUGAUCCGGACGAAACAUCGACGACAAGUGAAUCUGAAUCCGAAGGUGACGAAGUAGCGUCAACAACUAUAGCCCCUCUGAGUAGACCAACCAAAGCUCAACUGACAGCCAGAAAUGGUAUCACUCGAAAGCUUCCCUAUUUCUCAGGGAAAGCCGAAGAAUGGCCACUAUUUUUCAGUAGCUAUACUUCAUCGACCGAAGCGUGCGGGUAUAACGAUGUGGAGAACCUGGUCCGGUUACAAGAAAGUCUGAGAGGCACAGCCCUGGAGAGCGUUCGUGGUCAGCUAAUGUUCCCUAAGCUAGUUCCGAAAAUAAUGAGAAAACUGCUCAAGCUAUAUGGCCGUCCUGAAGUUCUGCUACAUAGUUUUACGGAGAAGAUACGGAAACUACAACCUCCUAAAGCUGAGAAACUCUCUACAUACAUUCCAUUUGGUAAUGCAGUCGAACAACUGUGCAAUCUUCUCGAAGCGGCAGAACUACAUGCACACAUGAACAAUCCUACAUUGAUUCAAGACCUGGUUGAAAAAUUACCUGCCGGUGAUAAGCGAGAGUGGGUUAGAUAUAAGAAAAGAAAAUCAAAUGUCAACCUCCGCACACUCACUAAAUUUCUUUCCAAAAUUGUCGAUGAAGCUUGUGAAGCGACUGUUGAGAUAGAAAUCUUGGGAGAAACAAAAACCGCAAGUAGAAUGAAAGCUGUAGAAAAAGGUUCCCUAUUCAGUCACGACUACGAUGAUGGCGAAAGACCAACUACUCCGAGUUUUGGUCAAAAACCUUGUAAGGUAUGCAACCGCACUGAUCACAGACUACGUUUCUGUGAGGAUUUUAAGAAAUUAUCCGAAACAGAGCGCUUCGAGAUAGCCAAAAAAUGGAAGUUGUGUCAUAUUUGCUUGAAUGAGCAUGGUCGAUUACCCUGCAGGUUUCAAAAAAUCCGCUGUGACGUAGGCCAAUGCCGAGAACGGCAUCAUCCAUUACUCCAUCCGACAGAAGAAACUGUUGCAAUGAAUACGCACUUUCCGAAGGAUGCUAACAUCAUGUUCCGUAUGAUUCCGGUUGUGCUAACCUUUGGUAACAAAUCAGUCAAAACAAUUGCAUUUAUAGACGAAGGUGCUUCGGUCACGCUAAUGGAAAAAUCUCUUGCUGACAAAUUAUCAUUGAAAGGAGAAAAGGAACAGCUUACUAUAAAAUGGACAGCAGACAUAUCUCGGAUAGAAAAGGAAUCGACGCGAGCCAAUGUGAAGAUAUCGUCUUCCUUGGAUGGUGAAAAAUGGUUACUAGAAAAUGUUCGUACUGUCUCAGAGCUUCUUCUACCUAAACAAAGCCUCAAUGUUUCCGAUUUGAUGAAUCAAUACAGCUUUCUGCGUGGGCUAUCAGUGCAAACGUAUGGAGGAAAACGCCCCGGCCUUCUUAUCGGCUUGAACAAUCUUAAUCUAAUCGCGCCAAUCGAAACCAAGGCUGGAAAAGCAGGUGAACCGAUAGCUGUCCGGUCUAAGCUCGGAUGGACAGUCUACGGACCUGUCAAUGGUAGUUCGUACAACACGGCGAACGACUAUCUCAACGUUCACGCUGAACCGACGAACCAGGAGCUUCAUGAUCUGCUAAAAUUCCAAUAUACUCUGGAGGAAUCUGUUUGGAAGAACCCACGCGAAUCCGUAGAAGACGAAAGGGCUCGCAAAAUUCUCGAAACAACCACAAUAAGAAUCGGUAACAGAUUUGAAACUGGCUUGAUAUGGAAAACGGAUGACCCCCAAUUUCCUGAUAGCUACUGGAUGGCUUUAAAACGCUUUAGGCAACUCGAAAAACGUUUCUCUUCGAAUCCUGAAUUGCACCUGAAUGUCUGCAGGCAAAUAGUAGAUUAUGUACAAAAGGGCUAUGCCCACGUUGCCACAGCUGAUGAAAUAUCGUCAACGGACUCUCGCAAGGUUUGGUACUUACCUCUAAAUGCAGUAUCUAGUAAAACUAAACCUGGAAAAACCCGUCUAGUGUGGGAUGCAGCCGCACAAGUAGAAGGAACAUCGCUUAAUUCGCAGCUCUUGAAGGGCCCUGACAUGCUGAUAUCUUUGCCGGCAGUUAUUAAUCGAUUCCGCGAACGUCGUAUAGCCUUUGGUGCUGACAUCAAAGAAAUGUACCAUCAACUUCAAAUCAGAAAUCAGGAUAAACAAGCCCAACGAUUUCUCUUCAGAAAAAACUCUUCCGAACCCAUUCAGAUCUACGUUAUGGACGUUGCAACCUUUGGGGCAACUUGCUCUCCCUGCUCAGCCCAGUACGUUAAAAAUCUAAACGCCAGCGAAUUCGCACAACAAUAUCCGGAAGCAGCAGCCGCCAUCAUAGAAAACCACUAUGUGGACGAUUACUACGAUAGUGUAGAUACUUCCGAUGAAGCCAUAAAACGCGUAGCGCAAGUGCAGUAUAUCCACAGCAGAGGUGGGUUUGAUAUACGGAAUUGGGUCUCGAAUUGUCAGGAAGUACUCGAUAGCAUUGACGAGGUGAAGAAAGACCAAAGAAUCCACUUUAAUAAGGACAAACAAACUGAAAACGAACGAGUUCUAGGCAUAAUAUGGAAUCCUCGGGACGACGUGUUUUCAUUUUCAACUGCGCAUCGCCAAGAUGUUCAAACAUAUCUUACUGGUGAAUCUAGACCGACCAAACGAAUCGUAAUGAGCUGCGUCAUGGGAUUUUUUGAUCCCCUAGGCCUCUUAACUCCAUUCACUGUACACGGCAAAAUAUUAAUUCAAGACCUCUGGCGAACCGGGUGUGAUUGGGACGAAACUAUAAAUGAUGAGUCUUUUCUAAAAUGGAAACGCUGGAUCUCGUUGCUGCCUCUAGUCGAGCAGAUACAUAUCGAUAGAUGCUACCUAGGAAAUAUUCAUUCGAAAAACGUGGAAGCCGUGGAAAUUCACGCCUUUUCUGACGCAAGUGAGCAGGCGUAUGGGUGUGCCGUCUACUUCAGGGUCUCGUCAUCAGAGGGAGUUAAAUGUUCUCUGGUAAUGUCACGAACCAAAGUUGCACCACUAAAGCGAGUAUCGAUUCCACGGCUCGAACUCAUGGCCGCCUUGUUAGGCGCUAAAUUAGUCAAAACUGUUCUCAACAACCACAGCCUAAAGGUUGAACGCUGUGUUUUCUGGACAGACUCACAGACUGCAUUAAGCUGGAUUCAGUCUGACCCACACAAAUUCCAACAAUUUGUCUCCUUCCGAAUCUCUGAAAUUCAAGAACUUACCAACAUAUCAGACUGGCGGUGGAUCGCAAGCAAGCAUAAUAUCGCAGAUGUUUUGACGAAAUGGGGGAUAGGUCCUCCUUUAGAUUCCAACAGUUCGUGGUUCAAAGGACCCCAGUUUUUGUACGAACCUGAACGUCCAUGGAUAUCUGAAAAUCAACAACUUUUUAAUACUCAAGAUGAAAUGAAAUCAGUUUUCCUAAACUAUCACAGCAGCCUUCAGACCAAACCAGUUAUCAACGUAGAAGACUUUUCUGACUGGAGACGUUUGGUGCGUGUCACGGCAACUGUUUACCGAUUCGUAUGUAACUUACGACGGAAAUCCGAACGGAAACCGCUAUGGUGCGCAAAAGCUGAAGGAGAACAAGUGAGAAUAAUUCGGGUAGAGCUUUCUAAAAAUUUGCUCCCACUACAACAAGAGGAGCUGCUGAAGGCGGAAACUAUACUAUGGAAGUUCGUACAGUUUGAAACGUUUCCCGACGAGUUACGCAUUCUAUCCGACCUCAAUCGAAGUGAAAAAAUCCCUGAUAGACCGACAAUUGCUAAAUCCAGUCCUCUUUAUAAAUUGACUCCUAUUAUAGAUACCGAUGGUAUCAUCCGCAUGGGUGGUCGCUUGGCAUGUGCAGAACACUUACCCUUUGAUAAAAGGUUUCCCAUCAUUUUGCCUAAGAAACACGCUGUUACAAUUCUACUCAUACGAAAUUAUCAUGAGCGAUAUGGACACGCCAACCGCGAGGCAGUGUUUAAUGAGUUAAGACAAAAAUUCUAUAUUCCAGGUCUACGCACAGCUAUUCAACAGAUGAUGAAAACUUGUAUGUGGUGCAAGGUAUAUAGAUGUUGUCCGGAAGUUCCCCAAAUGGCACCCCUUCCCAUACAAAGAAUCACCCAACAGGUUGGCCCGUUCAGUUCAGUAGGGGUUGACUACCUAGGUCCGCUAGAAGUAGCAAUCGGAAGGCGCAAAGAAAAACGGUGGAUUGCUGUUUUUACUUGCAUGGGGAUAAGAGCCGUGCAUUUGGAGUUAGUGUACAGUUUAACAACCGAAUCAUGUCUCAUGGCCCUGCGCAGGUUCAUGUGCAAACAAGGAACUCCGACUGAAUUUUUCUCAGAUAACGGGACUAAUUUUGUCGGGGCCUGGAAUGAAAUCCGUGAAAAAAUAGAUUAUGAAUGCGCUGAGUCUAUUGUAGAUUCUCAUAUCAAGUGGAACUUCAACCCGCCCGGAACUCCCCACAUGGGCGGCAUAUGGGAAAGGAUGGUGCGUUCCGUGAAAGAAGCAUUGAAGGCCUUUGACGAUGGGCGUAAACUCACGGAUGAAAUAUUGCUGACCACUCUAGCAGAGGCACAGGAUAUGAUCAAUAUGCGUCCUCUCACAUACAUGCCACAAGGAGUUACGGAGGAGGAAGCCCUAACCCCGAACCAUUUCUUGCGUACGGUGAAGAAAGCUGACGGAAACCCUGUAGAGGAAACACAGUUAGCAGAUGCGUUGAAAAACAUAUUUAAGCGGUCUCAGUACUUAGCCGACAAGAUGUGGCAGCGUUGGUGUAAGGAAUACUUACCCUCUAUAAAUCGGCGAACAAAAUGGUUCGAAGAUCAACGACGGAUCCAAAAGGGUGACCUGGUAUGGGUGGUAAAUAACAAGGACCGAAAACAAUGGGUGAGAGGUAUCGUCGAGGAACUACUCGAAGGACUCGACGGUCGUACUCGACAAGUCAUGGUACGAACAGCAAAAGGGAUCAAUCGCCGAGCGGUCGUGAAUCUGGCCGUAUUUGAAUUAGGAAGUAAAUCCGGAAGUCCUGGGAACCUACCGGAAUUACAGGCGGGGGUGUUGACACGGCCACAGAUGUCCGAACUAUCUCCCAACUCUAAAGUCGCGAAGGAAUCAAAAUAA